AUGAUAAAUAACAAUGAUAAUAAUGUUGUUAUGUCAGUACUACGACAGGGAAUUUCUCUGUAUGGUACAUACGACAUAUGUCUGUCACAUAUUCAGCAUUAUGUGGAUACCGAUAAUGCCAAUACGAAUGUUGGUAACAACACUAAUAUAUCUGGUAAUGAUAAGAUUAUUGAGAAACUGAUUACAACAUAUGCUGAUGAAUGA